AUGACGCCAGCUCCGCUCAUCAAAUCCUCCUCUGUUUUUUCUGCACAACAACCACCCUAUGCGUUCACAGGUCCUUUCACAGAUGUAGUCACUACAAAUCUUAAACUACGAAAUCCAUCUGACAGAAAAGUAUGCUUUAAGGUAAAGACUACAGCACCUCGUCGAUACUGUGUGCGGCCAAAUAGUGGAAUUAUUGACCCAGGAACUUCAGUAACUGUAUCAGUUAUGUUACAGCCUUUUGACUAUGAUCCAAAUGAGAAGAGUAAACAUAAGUUUAUGGUACAGACGAUCUUUGCCCCUCCAAACAUUACAGAUAUGGAAGCAGUGUGGAAGGAUGCAAAAUCUGAGGAAUUAAUGGACUCCAAAUUGAGAUGUGUAUUUGAAAUGCCUAAUGAAAAUGAUAAGCUGAAUGAAAUAGAAACAAGUAAAUCUGCUCCAAUACUGAAUACAACAAAACAAGAUGGUCCAGUGCCAAAAUCACAUAGUGUUUCACUUAAUGACACUGAAACAAGGAAGCUAAUGGAAGAAUGCAAAAGACUUCAGGCAGAUGUGGUGAAACUAUCAGAGGAAAAUAGACAUCUGAGAGAUGAAGGCUUGAGGCUGAGAAAGGUGGCACACUCAGAUAAACCUGGACCGUCAGGCUUGGCCCUCCGAGAUAAUGGCUCCAACCCUCUUCCCUCACUCCUUGUUGUAAUUGCAGCCAUUUUCAUUGGAUUCUUUUUAGGGAAAUUCAUCUUGUAGAAAGGGAGAGAGAAGAGAGAGAAGCAUGCAGAAUGCAGCUUCCUUUUUUUUUUUUCUUGGCCAGAAAAAAAAUUAUUUACCUACCACUUCAUUGGUAGUAUGGCCAAAGUGACCAUUUUUGUGUACAGCAUCAUACAGGCUUUGCCUCUAAUGAUCUUGCACGGUUAGACAACACAAUAAAAAGACAAACUGUUCGGCUGCUGGACAAAAUUGUAUAUUAAUUCAUUAAUAGCAGGUGUCAGUUGCACAUUCAGUCCUUUAUGAAAAGUCAUAAAUAAAGAAUUGUUCUUUCUUUUUGUGGUUUUAAUAAGAGUUAAAAUUGUUCAGUCUUGUAAAUGUUAUUUUAAUAAUCCUUUUCAAAUUUUAUCUGUUAUUCUUGCCUCUUGGAAAGAAUGAUUAUUAGAAUGCUAAUUCGCUUGUUCAGGAAAAUGAUGAGGCAUUCUGUGGGGAAAUGUUUCUCUUAGUGUAUACAUUUUCUCCUUCACCUUACUUUGCUAAUAUCAUGGCAGAAUUUCUUACCCUUGUGAGGUGGUUGUGGAAGAAAAAAAAAACAUCCUGACAGCCCUGUCCCAUGGUAUUUAACAAACAAAAUAAUAAAACUGUUAACAGACUUCCUAAUGGGUAGCUUGUUUCUGUGAAUUGUUCCUUUAGAAAGAUUUUACAACAUGUGCUAUACACAGCCUGCUUCUUGUCACAGAUUUAUAUUGUUCACUAGUUGUGGCUUGGACUGGUGCCAGUGAAGCUUCAGAAGAAAUGUAGCAGUUUCCAUAUUGUGCAGCAGCAGCUGUAAAAUUACCUGGCUUUUUAGAAAAUGAAAGGUCAGAAUUCAAUUUGGUUUGGGACAUGGGACACAUAUUUUAAAUUACUUUUUAGAAAUAGUAUUUGGGUUUUCAGGUACUUCUGUUGCAUCACUGAUAUUCCUUUAAAUUUAUGGCAUCAAUUGCAUCCUGAUUUUUCAUUCCUUAUUAGGCCAAGUGUUCCAUAAAAGAACAUUCCCUGUAAUGUUUCCAAAUAGUCCAAAGUUAAUACUGAUUGAGAAAAUGUUGAUCAUUUAGUUUUGUGAAGAAAUUAAGCUUUGUUCAGCAAAUGUCUUGGCACAGCUGCCUGUUAGCUAUGCAUAUUUUCUGUACUCUAUAAAAUUCAUUUUAUUUGGUCUGAAUAUCUUUUCUGCACUUAAUCUUGUGGUUUAAUUUCUGGUCUUCAUGUCAUUAAAUAGAUGAUUUUGAAAGCACAAUACAGCUAUUCUAAAGUAAUCCAUCAUAAGGAAGUAUUUGAAAUUGAUAUUUUGGAAGGCUUAUACUUGUAAGCAGAAUUUUGUAUGUACUUGGAUAUAAUGAAGCUGUGCUAGAUUUUACAUAGCUGAGAACUGUUCUAGGAAAAAUAUACAUCUUCUUGGUUGCCUUUGAUUUUUAAUGCUUUUUUAAAUGGAAGAUCUACUUAUAUCAUGUACCAUCACUAUUCUCUUUGGUAAACUUUUAUAAACACCUUGCAAUUUACAAAGAAGAUGACGAACAAAUCACUGCCUGAUGUUUCACUUAAAAGCAUGCAAAUACAGACAGUUCCUCUUUGUGUUUUCUGGUAUCUGCAUUCAAGAGUUCUUUGACUGGUGGCUUGAAGAAGUGUGCUCCUAUCUGGUUCUCACUUAAUUGGUUCUAAAACCAAUAGUACUGUUCAUACUGUGUUGUAUAACUGGUACAUCAGAAGAAAGCAUUUAUUCCUUAAAGGAAAUUGAUCACUAGAAGAUUACAAGGAAGAAGACUUAUAUACAGGCUAUAACUUCUAGAUUCAUUUUGAUAUUUCUGUGGAAGAGGAAAGCUUCAAAGAUAUGUUUGCUGUUAGAGUAAUAGAUACAAGGGUUUGUACUGAUUAAAUACUUUAGAAUUUAUCAGCCUGAACUUAGAAUUUAUUACAGAUAGCCUGAACUGUAUAGAAACAUAGUGUGGGGAAGUACUCUAACCUGGGCAUGAUCUUUUGCCACCAAAAACAACAACAACAACAACAGCAUCAUUCUGCAGCUUAUCAUCUGAUGAUUAUAAGUAUAGAAUUAGGGGCCGAGUUGGGCUACUUAGCAGGGCAAAACUUUCAAAGAUAAAUACUGUGGAACAAUUCAAGGGGAAUUUGGGCACCAUAAUUAGUGUAAGUACAGUGAGGAACUCCUGCUUAUGUGGAUGCGCUUCUAGUUUCUAAUAAUCCUUUCAUAACUGUAUAUGAAAUGUAAUGCUGAACUAUUUCGCUCUCAGGAGUGAUUUUGGAUGAUAUCAACUGUAUUUAGUGAAAUUAUGUAAUAUGGAUUAAAUUGUCUGUUCCUGAAAUGGUUAGAACUUUGCCUGCUUGCUUGUGUACAUCAGUGUGAGGAACAUUUGUUCCUGUUAAUAAGUGCUUCCAUCUGAAAGUGCAGUCUGUUCACAACAGUAGAUCUCACGUAUAGUGAAUUGUUGGCUCCUGCAGCUUGUGUGAUGCAAGCCUUAUAUUUAAGGUUGGCAACUAUGCUUAUGGCAAGAAGUUAUGACCGAAAACAAAAUUAUUUAAAACGCAUGAAAUGUUUUUCUUCUGCUUCUUAUAUAAAGGGAGAAAGAAGCUCUGCCCAAAAUCUGCUUAAUUGAUUUCAAAGAAAAAAUUAUGUUUAAGUAAAACUAAAAUGAGUUUUCCAGUGAAUUUCUUGGUGCAGAAAGUCUUUUGUGCAUUCAGGUGUUGAUAUUGGGAAAGUAACACCACCUUAUAUUUUAUGAACUGAGUGAUAAUUCACAAAACAUGCAAAGGAGUUAUGGUACCCAUUGUUUUUUGUAACUCAGCAUUGAUAGUAUUUCUGUUGCGUUCAGUGUGAAAUUUAUAAAACAAAUUAAAACUUGGUAUUCAUAACAAUUGAUGGGAAGCUGGCAACUACAUGCCCACAAAUUGUUUUGAUUACAAUUCCUGUACAUCCAGCAGACCUGCACCAAGACCAGGGAUUAUAGGAUAAAUGUAAUGCAGAAAAUUUGGAGGGUGCCCAUUAGUUCUUAGUAACAAUAAAAAAAACUUCAACGUAGCCUGCUGUGCAAUCAAGUGCAUAAAAAAUAGAUUGGAUUUUGAAUAUCACCAUGUUCAGCAAAUACUAGCUUGUUGGGAUAUCUUGAUAUAUGUGCUCAGAAUAAAUAUAUUUUGCAAAUCAGUAUGAUUGCCUAAGGAUAUGCAUAUUCUUAGCUAUCUGGGAAGAUACAUUUGUGGGUAAUUUGAGAGGUUUGAUUUUGUUCUUGACUCUCAGCAACUCCAUUCUUUGGUCUAACUUGAGAAUUUAUAAAUUAAAGAAUAAACCUAUUUCUCUGUAGAUUAUCUAAUGAUAUCUUAUUACACAUAUUUUUGCUGUAUUGGCUGCAAAAAGUGUAAACUGAUACACUAGGUGGCAGUCUGUUGCCCUUGUAAUAGUAGCAAUAUCUGUAAAGACCAAAGUUGUUACUAAGAGAUUAUUUUACAGUAGUUCUUGGGCAAGAAAUCUUUGAUUGGAAUUGCAAUCCUUUUCAUUUGUCUCUCUCUUUCUCUCUCUCUCUUUCAUGCACACCAGUGUUCACUGUAUGGUGGUCAAUUUCAGACAUUCUAAUAUAUAUAUAUCCAAAGCAUUAUAAUUUUUUCUAGGCAUAAUGAUUCCUCAUUCAACAUAUCAUAGAAUUCUGUAUUAGAAAACUUUUGUUUUUGCAUAAGGUCUGAUUUCAGAAACCUUAAGCUAGACAACUAUAUUUUCACUAUAGUACUUAAAUUUAACAUCAGACUAUACUGAACAUCUUGUUUGCUCUGCUGUAUUAAUAAUUUAUGUUGGAUACAAUUUUGAUGUAUCACAUCAUUUCAUACAUGCUCAUCUAAAAAUAAGCAUUCAAAUACGAAAAAUCAGUCAUAUUGGAUUUGAUUAAUCUAGCUGCUUAAAGUAAAGUUUCUCUGAAAAGUUCAAUAUAUUUAUUUUGGUAUUUGUCUUACUCUGCACUUUUCAGUUGAAUGUAAUAUUGUGCCAUUUCCCAAAUGUCGGCAUAUAAACCUUGGCGUUAUUCACAGUGGUUAGAUAAUUCAGGAGAAUGUUCUGAGAUUGAGCUGCUGCCUUGGUGAUCUUGAGUAUUUAUUCUUUUUAGAAGAUAUCAAAUUGUAGCUGUUUCCCUAAACCUAGAAAGGAUGUCUUAUGUGAUAUCUGUCCCUGAGGGCCCUCCCCCCCCCGUACAUCCCCUCAAAGCAAGCCUUUUUUCACUUUUCUUCCCUCUUGCUCCUUGCAAGAGCCAGUUUUUACCGCUCCUUUAGAAAUUCAGGUGUUGCACUUCAACAGAAGUAUGACACAUUCUAGUCCUGUUUACCUUCCAAGGCUAAUAAUGGUGUGUUUCACUUUGAUCUGAAGAACUAGAUUGUUCUCAUUCAUGCUUUUUUAUUACCAGCCAUUGAUUGUUAAGUGAUAAUAGUCUGUGCCCCUUUGUAUAUAUUAUAAAUCUCAAGGGGUCUCCAGGAAAGUUCCAAUUGAUGGGUUGAUUUCCUUUUUCAACCAACCAAUGUUUUCCUGAGCCUACUGAGACGACAGAGAUUUCCUUAAUGCAUUUAUCAGUCAUUCUGAAAGUGCUUUACAUGUGAGCUACCAAAAUAGAAAUUAUAUGAGUAAUAUCUGAGAUUAACUAAAAUUGUCUCUUUUUUGGGAAGCUUUCUGCUUUGCUUAUUUUUCUGUUAUUGCAACUGAACAUAAUUAAACAUCUAGAGUUGAUAAAAAUAACUUAAUUUGCAGUAUUAGAUUUAUUCUAUUAGCUUGGGUCUGAAGCUACUUGGGUAAAAGAAACCAGGCUCAGGGUUGCCUUUACUCAAACUGCAAGUUUGAAUGUUCUUCAACUCUCACAUGCAGAAAAAGGUCAAAUGAGGAUUGUGGGAUGGUGAGUGGCAAAUGGAUUGACGCAUGUGGUUUCAGCUUUCAGUGCUGUUCUUCUGAUCUGCUUUUCCUGUCAGUUGCUUUACUGCUUUGUGUUCUUAAUGCUAAUGAGAUCUGUAAAUUAUUGGGGAAAGAAAAAAUUAAACUGGAAAACGCUCACUUGAUUAUAAUGUACAGAAUUGUAUACCUCUUCAAUGUUUGUAAAUCUUUCCAAAUCUUAAAUUGCCAUUUUCUAAGUACAGAAAAAAGAUUCUGUAUCACAGUUCUAGUUUGCCUGUUGCCAUUUUCAUUUUCAUUAUUUUUAAAUCACCUUACAGGGGUGUCUGUAGGAAUGCAGUUAAAGCUAUUUUUAUGUGAUGCACAUAAGAAAAUGCAAUCCAUAAAAAUAGAUGCAGCGCACAUAAAAAACAGAACUUCAGUCACACCAUUGUGGCCACCAUCUUGACUCUUUUGACCACACUCUAUGGAUACCCCUGUCUCCUUUAAGUCAGAGUUGAGCAACUUUUUUUAUAUACCAAGGAGUUACAUGACCAGAAUAGGCAAAAUGAGUGUCCUAAGGACUCUGCAAGGCUUAAAAUACCAAUUUUGCCUAUUAUUUUAGUCUGUUAACUAAUGUUAGGGAUUCUGUGUUUAAUACUAAAUUGCUAAAUGUUUCAUACAAGCAACAAAAUAGAUUCAGUUACGUGAAUCACCUCCCAAAUGGUAAUGAAUCAUGUAGCAAAACUGUCAGUUGCUUCUUGACUUGGUCCUUUUACUAUAAACAAAUUACAAAUAUAGAAAAACUUCAAAAAAUGUGUUUGUUUAAGCAGUUGCUUGCUUGCCCAGAGCAGUGUACUGUUUGACUGAAGAUUGGUUUUUUUAAACGUCCUGAAGAUUGCAGCUUUUUGAGUUGUACAAUGGCAUUUUCAAAGCAUUUAAAAGAGAACAGCAGUUUUGACAUUUGCUUUGAGAACAACAAAACAAGAAUGUUUAUUUUUCCUAUUUUCUGUAUGGUACAAAGCAGUACAAAAAUGCUGGCUUUGAAAGUGCUGUUUUCAACCAGAUGAGACGUCGUCGUCAUCAGUAGUAGUACUAUACUGAUUUUUUGUAAUUGAAAGUUGGAUUGUAGAAAGCAUUGCCCUUAGAAUUGUCUGUAGUGUUUAACUAUAUAAAAUUUAAAAGAGAAGGGGAAAGUUGGUUGUAUCUUGAAAAAAUUAGUAUCACUCUGACAAUGUACCAGAUUUACUAGUUGGAAAACCCAUUUUAGUUUAAAACUUCUCUCCACUGGAAACUAGAGAGCAAAUUGUAAAAUUCAUUCACAUUUUCUGAUGCAACCUAAUUUGUGCACAGUAUUUUCUUUUGUGUAGCAUUACAUUCCUAAAUUAGAAGUUUAGGUGAAAUGAAUUGUUCAGUAAAGUGAAUAAUGUGCUUUCAUCAUGAGUUUUUGAAAAACCACAUGCCCAAACUAAAUUAGACCAGAGCCUGUUUUUUUAAACUGGCUUUCUCUUGGCAAUCUAGAUAUUAGUGGCAGUUUCAUCUAAUAGUUGGCUAGAUCGAAGGAUUUAUUUUUUCUUUAUUGAAAUAGUAAUUCCACAUUUUACUACAAUGUUUGGCUUUUUUAUUUUUCCUGACUGGUAAAUUGAUAAUUAAAGAUAAAUAUAAAAUAGUAAUUACUAUUCUGAAAUCUACAUCUAUCCAUCUUUUAGAGGCAAGAUGCUACCACUAGAUGGCAAUAUUUUAAUCCUUUUUGGAGGCACUCAAGCAUUUUUCUAUGUAGUUUUGGUCUCUAGUAGAGGCAUGCGCUAGUUAUUGUUUUACAUAAAUCAUCUUGCUAUAUUCAUUUCAAAAAUGCUUGCACCAUAUUGCUCUUUUAAUGCAUUACAGAAUAGCCAGUAUGCGUAGCAGUAGAUUAAUGAAUAUAAAACCUGGAUUUAUUUUAUAACUUUUGCAAAGCAUAGAUAAAUAUCUGAUUUGGGGAAAAUUAAACAGGUGGAAAUUUUAUAUAUCCCCUCUGAAAGAAUAUAAGAGCAAAAAGAAAGUGUUUGAAUGUUAGCUGCAAUGUCCUGCCAAGUUACUUGUGUGAGCAUGCCCUAUUUUAGAAGUAAAGGUAACUGAAUUUAGAUAAUUUAAUAUAGAUGAAUCAGAUAAAGCUAAUUUCCACCAGAAUUAAUUUAUAUGCACCAUUUUUAUAUAUGUGAAUCUGCUAAUUCACACUAGAACGUAGAAUAUGUUAGUUUCUUUUGCUUUUUUGUAAAACAGCAAAAUAUUUCACCCUGCAAUCUAACAGAACAAUCUUCACAGACUUGUACCCUUAAGAGGUUUUGGAACUCUAAUUCCUAGAGGAAUUUUGGGAGUUUCAAUCUCAACACAACUGGGUAGCAGCAGAUGAGACAGCCAUAGUUGACAAAAAAAUUUCAGUUAAAAAAAUUAUUCUUCUAGUAACUAGUUUCAUGUAUUAUUUAACAUAGUUAACACAGUUAACAAUUGCUCAAAUUUCCCAAGCACUUUAAAUUAGAAAAUGAACAAUUAUAAAAUGUUAGAAAAAUUGUAUCUUACAAUUCCUGGGCACAGAUGUAAAUAUGAAGCCACUUUAAAAUCCACUCCCAAAAAGCAGAACCAAAAAGCUUGAAUCCACCAACAGGCAGCAUGCUAAUCACACAGUCCAGCACUCUUUAGUGCAGAGGACUAUUCUAUUGGUUUUAAUAUGUUAUAGUUUUGCACACAUGUAACCCCCUUUGCCUGUCAAUAUCAGGAAAUAUAGCUGCUUACACUGCAAUUUUCAUUACUUAAAUGAAUGACCCUAGUAUAAAUGAACUCUCCUUUUCUGGAAAUUAAUAUGGGGCCAGGGUAUCAAUAAUGGAAACUUUCAUAUGAUAUUAACUUGAUUUUAAGAAUGUCCCUGUGGUUUCCAUACAUCUUGUGAAUGCUCAAUCAUGGGUUGCUUUUGUUUUCUCUUUCAUCUUAAUGGAAGCGUGUAAUUUCAUCUGCCCAUUCCCUUUGGUUUUAGUAAUUUUCUAAGCAAUUGGAAGGAAAUUAUUCAAGCCAAUACUAGUGUAAAUUUCAGUAGCAUGCCCAGGUACUAGGAGAAGAUGGAACUUUCAGAGCUCAGCCCCUUUAUUAGUAUUAAAAAGUAAAAUGCAUUAUAUGCUACAUUAUCUUAAAACAAGAUUCAGUUUAGAGACAUGUCAUAUCCCAUGGUCUUCCCUAUUAAAUAUAAAAGUGGAAGAGUUUUGCCAAUCAGUUCAGUGUGUAAGCUGAAAUUUUGAAAGAGGAAAUUGUGUCAAUAAACAUGCACCUAAAUCCUCAAAUUGCACAUGGGAGGUACAUGGAAGUGAACACAGUAUAAAGAGUCCUGAGUUGGAAGUUCAAGCACACUUAAAGUCUUAACUUCUAUUUCUCACAGUUAAAUUAAAACUAGACUGCUAC